AUGGCUGCCGCUCUGGACCCAGAUGAAGUACUUCGCUCUUCGAAAGGGAGAGAUAAUUUUCAACGUCUGGCUCGGCUUUUGAUGAGUGGAGGUACUGUGCUAAUGAGGGAGGCUUUUGACAUCAAAUGUCCACCAAGUAAUCUGUCCACAAUACUUCAGAAUCCAGCCACGAAGAAGCUACUUAAGGCGGCAAAGCUCACCAAACCACAGUGGGACUGCCUGUACCCUUCCCCAGGGAUGUUUGGAAAGUCAACAGACUGUGAUAUAACUCUCCUUUUCCGGUUGCUGAGGACAAUAUGUGGCCUCACCCCUCCUGUCACGGGCUGGGAUGUGCUACCGGCAAGCACAGAUUACAGUUUGGAAGCAGAUUUAGCUAGAAUCAAAUAUUACCGCAAUUCGCUGUAUGGUCAUGUGAAUGAGAACAUGGAAAUCUCAGGUGACGAGUUUUUAGUUUAUUGGAGAGGAAUCAGCGAGGCUCUGGUGAGAAUCGCGGGUCAAAUCAGCCCUGCAAAGGCAAAAGAAUGGCAGAAUGCUAUUGAUACAUUUUUAAAAGAUCCCCUUACAGAGGAAGACAAGAGAUAUGAGCAGGAAUUGCACCGCUGGUACCAGAAUGAUACAGAAAUAAAGGAAUACAUGGAAAAAGUAGAAUUUUCGAUAAAACAUAUGGUGAAAGAAGCUCAAUACUUAAGACAAGAGGUUCGAGAAGAAGCCCAAGAUAUUAAAGAUGAGCUCGGAAGGAAAGUAGAAUUUACAGGCCAAGAGGUGCGACGCUUAGGACAAGACAUCAAAGAUGAGCUCGGAGUGAAAGUAGAAUCUACAGCCCAAGAAGUGCUGCGCCUAGCACAAGAAUUUCGAAGAGAAGCCCAAGACAUCAAAGAUGAGCUCGGGGGGAAAUUUGAAUCUGCAGCCCAAGAAGUGCAGCGCUUGAGGCAAGAGUUUCGAGAUGAAGCCCAAGACAUCAAAGAUCGAUUAAACGUGUUUGGCCGACACGUUUCCUCAGCUGGAGGUCAGCUUGUUGAUUUUAUUCUGUAUAUCUUUUACUAA